AAGAGGAAGAAGAAGAAGUAAACAACCCAGGAGCUAGUCGCGUUAGCCAGUUGGUGUCUUACGGUUGUAAGAGGUCUCUCAGCAGGACACGGAGACAUCUUACUCGUAAUUGAGCAACAAUGUCCUCACUUCAGUUUUUGAGAGAGUUCAUCAACGAGCGACUAACUGCUGCUGCUGAAGAAAUCUUCCAAAUUUUUCAAAUAAUUAUCUCAGAGUACCAGAAAGAGAUCGAUCGUCAACGCAUACUGCUGGAUAUCGUCUGGAAACCUGAAAUAAAGUUACACAGAAUAGAGCUCCCACAGCAACAAGUCUGUAAGGAGGAGGAGAUUCUCGCUGACCAGCAGCUCUGUGACCUGGAGAGGAACUCCAGUCUGGACCAAGAGGACCCAGAGCCUUCACAGAUUAAAGAGGAACAGAUGAAACUCUGCACCAGUCUGGAGGGAGAACAGCCGGUGCUGAGGCAGGAGACAGAAACCUUUAUGUUGACUCCUACUUGUGAUGAAAGUGAAGAUCAGACUCUGUGCAUGUUGCAUGUUGUCAGCAUGUCAGUUAACAGUUCUGUGGAACCAGAACCAAACAGUGACGACCAGCUGCUCUCUCACAACUCUCAUGUAGCUGAGAGCCAAGAUCACAAAGGAGGCAAACAUGGAGACUCAGGAUCAACUAGAAAAGCAGAGCCAAAACUAAAGAAGAGACGUUACAGAAGCAAAAAUCACACUAACAAUGAAGACAACUCUACCAAAUUAAAGAUUCACAGUAAUACAGGGAAAAAGUCUUUAAAAUGCUGGACUUGUGGGAAAGCUUUUAAGUGGGACUCCAAUUUGCAGACACAUCUGAGAGUCCACACAGGGGAGAAACCGUAUCCAUGUAACACUUGUGAGAAGAAAUUCUCUGUGCUCGGCGCAUUAAAAGUGCACAAAUGGAUCCACACAGGUGAGAAGCCGUACCAUUGCAAAACUUGUGGGAGAGAGUUCAGACGUAGCCAUCACUUAAAGUUCCACAUGAGAACACACAGAGGUGGAAACGAUUCUGUCAGAUGUCAGACUUGAAAAGGCACUUAAGAAGUCAUUCAGAUGAGAAGCUGCAUAAUUGCAAAGCAUGCGGGAGAGAUUUAUGGUGACUUUACAAUCUACAUGAGAAGAACCUUCUGACACACAGAUUCUGUCAUGUGUCUGAAUUGGAAAAGCAUAUAAGAGUUCACACAAGCAAGUAGACUUGUGUUUAUGAAACGUUCCAGAGGAUUCAGUUGUGAUUAUGGAUAAAACACACAAGAACACAUAAUGGCAGCACAUGUUGACAAAAACAAUCCAUAAACAGGACAAACAAUUUAUCUGAAAUUCUUGUAGGCCAGUGUUCACCAAUAUCUUUGUAAAUGAAUGUAAAAUAUUCUCCAUGAAGAAGAGGUCAGAAUAUCUUCAUGGAACUUGUCAACAACACUAUCAAGUUUUGUUAAACUGAACUCUUGUUUUUUUUUUCUUUCUUCACAUUACUGUAAGUACUAAUUUUACUGUUGGCAACAGCAUUUCAUUGACAAAGUUGCGGUUUGAUGUCAAUGGUCAAACAUGGUGCCGAUUGUUAUAGUUUCAAAAAACAAGAAUCUUUAUGUAUGAAGUAUUUCAGAAUAAUCCACGUACUUCAAGUAGUACUUGAUAUUUAUAAAUGAAGUCUAAGUUUACAUUUGAGAGUGACUGACAUCACUGUUUUAUUUUACUCUAUAAUAAGUUCCAGUAAAUUUGAAUUGUCUUGGCUAAAAUAAUAACAGACAACCAGCAGAGCAUGGUUGUGAAUUAAUUUACUGAUUGGCAUUUCUUCAUUUACUUUCAGCACUUCUCUAAACUUGAACUGUUGGAUUCUGUUAGAUAGUUUCUACAAAUGUUAAUGAUUGACCUGUUAAAAGAAUUUUAUUUUUUUAUACAUUUUAUACAUUUUUCAUACAUUACAUUGGUAAUGUGAGUGAAUUAUGUGCUCUCUGAUGUUGAAUAUUUCCAGGUUUAACUUGAGAUAAAAUGUUUGUUUGCUUCUUUAAAGAUGACACACAAAUUGUAGAUGAUGUACUACAUGGUGUAGUUAAUGCAUCUUAUUAAUAAUAACAUAUUUGUUCA